AUGGCGAGCUGGGGCUGCGGCUGGCGACCUCGGCCGGCCCUGUGGCUACCGUGGCCGGCCCUGUGGCUACCGUGGCUGGCCCUGUGGCUACCGGCGGCCGCCGCCUUCAACCUGGACGGGAGCAGCCCGGUGCUCAAGGACGGGGAGCGCGGGAGCCUCUUCGGAGCGGCCGUGGCGCUGCACCGGCAGCUGAGCCCCGAGCCCGCGGGGUGGCUGCUGGUGGGAGCCCCCCAAGCUCCGGCCCUGCCCAGCCAAGGGGCGAACCGCACCGGGGGUCUGUUCGCCUGCCCGCUGAGCCCCGAGCCCUCCGACUGCUGGCGGGUGCCCAUCGAUGAGGGAGCGGACCCGCAGCGGGAGAGCAAAGAGAACCAGUGGCUCGGGGUCAGCGUCAAGAGCCAAGGGCCCGGCGGCAAGAUCGUGACCUGCGCGCACCGGUACGAGGUGCGGCACCGCGUGCGGCAGCCGCUGGAGACGCGGGACGUGAUCGGGCGCUGCUUCGUGCUGAGCCAGGACCUGCGGGUGCGGGACGAGCUGGACGGCGGCGAGUGGAAAUUCUGCGAGGGGCGAGCGCAGGGACACGAGAGAUUCGGCACCUGCCAGCAGGGACUGGCGGCCGCCUUCAGCCCCGACCGCCGCUACGUGCUGCUGGGGGCGCCCGGAACCUACAACUGGAAGGGCACGGUGCGCGUGGAGCAGCUCGAGCAGAGCUCUCUGGACCUGCUGCGGCCGGACGCGGGCCCGUUCGAGGCGGGGGGCGAGAAGGACCAGGACCCCUCGCUCAUCCCCGUGCCCGCCAACAGCUACUUCGGGCUGCUCUUUGUGACAAACAUUGAGAGCUCCACCCCCGACCAGCGGGUGUUCCGGACCCCCGAGCCCGGAGAGAGGGUCCCCGGCGCGGCCGCGGACGUGGCGCACAAUUCCUACCUGGGGUUCUCGGUGGACUCCGGGGCGGGGCUGACGCGACAGCAGCAGCUCAGUUUUGUCACCGGCGCCCCCCGCGCCAACCACACGGGCGCCGUUGUCAUCCUGCGCCGCGACAGCGCCAGCCGCCUGGUGGCCGAGGCCGUGCUGGCCGGCCACCAACUGAGCUCGGCCUUCGGCCACAGCCUGGCCGUGCUGGACCUCAACAGCGACGGCUGGACGGACCUGGCCGUGGGUGCCCCCCACUUUUUCGAGCGGCAGGAGGAGCUCGGGGGGGCGGUGUACGUGUACAUCAACCCGGGGGGGCUGUGGGACAGCGCCACCCCCCUGAGGCUCAGCGGAUCCCGGGGGUCCGCGUUCGGGGCGGCGCUGAGCGCGGCCGGGGACCUCAACCGGGACGGAUUCCAGGACCUGGCCGUGGGGGCUCCUUUUGACGGCGCGGGCAAAGUUUUCAUUUACCACGGCAGCGCCCUGGGCAUCGUCACCAGCCCGGCGCAGGUGCUGGACGGGGAGGCCGUGGGGGUCUCGGCCUUUGGGUACUCGCUGUCGGGGGGGCUGGACGUGGAUGGGAACCUGUACCCCGACCUGCUGGUGGGGUCCCUGUCGGACACCGUGGUGCUCUACAGGGCUCGCCCCGUGGUUCACGUGUCCCGGAACGUGUCGCUGCUGCCGCCGCACAUCGACCUGGAGCAGAGCAACUGUCGCGACCAGGAGGGCGUCUGCGUGGAGGUCCGAGCGUGUUUCAGCUACAGCGCGAGCCCGGAGAGCUACAGCCCGCGGCUGGAGCUGCAGUUCGUGCUGGAGGCGGACUCGGAGCGCCGGGCCCGGGCGCUGCCCCCGCGGGUCUCGUUCCUGGGCCGGGGUCCCGCGGAUCCCGAGAACCGAAUCUCGGGGAGCCUGGAGCUGCCCCGGCAGCGCGAGCGCCGCUGCGUGACGGCCACGUUCCGGCUGCACGACGACAUCCGGGACAAGCUGCGCCCUGUCGCUGUCACCCUGUCCUACGCCAUCGUGGGGACACGGGGGUGGCACCGGGCGGGCCGGGGGACAGCGCUGCCCCCGCUGUCACCUGCGCUCAGCCCGCGGCAGCCCAGCACGCACCGCGCCGAGGUGCAUUUCCUGCGCCAGGGCUGCGGCGAUGACAAAAUCUGCCAGAGCCACCUGGAGCUGCGGCCGCGCUUCUGCGCCCGCCUGGGCGACAGCGACUUCGUGCCCCUGCCCAGGGACGAGGAUGGCACCGCCAUCUUCGCCAUGAGCGAGCAGAAGGACGUGGCCCUGGAGGUGGCGGUGACCAACGAGCCCUCGGACCCCGCGCAGCCGCUGCGGGACGGGGACGAUGCGCACCAGGCCCUGCUGGUGGCCGCGCUGCCACCCGAGCUGCCCUACGCUGCCCUGAGGGAGGACACGGCGGGGACAGGGGUUCUGUGCUUGGCCAACCAGAACGGCUCCCGGGUGGAGUGCGAGCUGGGGAACCCCCUCAAACGCGGGGCCCAGGUUCGCUUCUUCCUCAUCCUCAGCACCUCGGGGGUCUCAAUCCACACCACGGAGCUGGCGGUGCGGCUGGAGCUGUCCACAACCAGCGAGCAGCCGGGGCUGGAGCCCGUGGUGGUCCGAGCGCGAGUGGUCAUCGAGCUGCCCCUGGCCGUGACGGGCCUGGCCGUGCCCCCCCGGCUGUUUUUUGGGGGGCAGGUGCGGGGGGAGAGCGCCAUGAGGAGGGAGAGCCAGGUGGGCAGCGCCGUCCGCUUCGAGGUCACGGUGUCACAGCGGGGUCCGGUGCUCAGGACCCCCGGCUCGGCCGCGCUGACCCUGCAGUGGCCGCUGGAGCUGCCCAACGGGAAGUGGCUCCUGUACCCCCUGAGCCUGGAGCUGGGGACCCCCCCCCUGCCCUGCAGCCCCCCGGCCAACCCCCUGCGCCUCGCCCUGGAGCCGCCGGAGCGGGGGGACCCCCCCCAGGAGCCCCCGGGCCGCUCGUGGUGGGUGCCCGCGGCGGGGAGGAGGAGGAGGAACGUGACCCUGGACUGUGCCCGCGGCACCGCUCGCUGUGUCCCGUUCCGGUGCCCGCUGCCGUCCCUGGAGCGCUCGGAGCUGCGGGCGCGGGGCCGCCUCUGGAACGGGACCUUCCUGGAGGAGUUCCUGGACGUGCAGAACCUGGAGCUGAUCGUGCGCGCCGAGGUCUCGGUCGCGUCCCCCCGCGGCAACGUCGUCAUCAAGGACGCGGUGGCGCAGAUGUCGCUGUCCCUGCACCUGGACCCGGGUGUGGCCGUCACCGCUGUCCCCUGGUGGGUUCUGGCCCUGGCCGCGCUCCUGGGGCUGCUGCUGCUGGCGCUGCUCGUGCUGGCGCUCUGGAAGCUGGGGUUCUUCAGGCGGGCGCGGGCGCCGCCGCCUCCGGCCGUGCCGCGGUUCCGGGCCGUGCGGAUCCCGCGGGAGCAGCGGCCGCAGGCGCGCGAGGGCCGCACCGGCACCAUCCAGCGGCGCGAGUGGGCGGCCAGCCCCGGAACCGCCACCGGAACCGGAACCGCAACCGGAACCGCAACCGGACACGGGCACCGCGACGGCGACGCCGACGGGCCCCGCGGACCGGGCAGCGCCUGA